AUGGAAAAAAAGGCUGAGGUAAUGGAUCUAGGUAAUGAGAAAAACUCCCAGUUGGAUGAUGCUUUAGCUAUGGCGGAAAAGAAUUUGAAGGUGAUAACUGUUAAUAAAGUCGGUAGUGGAGAUUUUAAGUCACUAACUGAUGCAGUGAAUAGCAUUCCGAUAGGAAAUGCGAAUAGGGUAGUAAUUAAGAUUGGUGGAGGAGAAUAUCACGAAAAGAUCACAAUUGAUAGGUCCAAGCAGUUUGUAACUUUCUAUGGAGACCCAAAGAACAUGCCAAGGAUUGCAUUUGCUGGGACGGCGUUAAAAUAUGGUACAUUUAAUAGCUCUACUGUGAUUGUGGAGAGUGAUUACUUUAUGGCAGUUAAUGUUAUAUUUGUGAAUUCAGCUCCAUUGCCAAAUAGUAGAAGUGAUGAUUCACAAGCAGUGGCGUUAAGAAUAUCAGGGGAUAAGGCAACAUUUUACAAUUGCAAGUUUAUAGGCUUUCAAGACACCUUAUGUGACGACAAGGGCCGACAUUUUUUCAAGGAUUGUCAUGUAGAAGGCACUGUUGAUUUCAUUUUUGGAAAUGGUCAAUCUGUCUACAUGACCACCACUUUACAGUCAGUUGCUAAGGGCUUAGGAGUAAUUACAGCACAGGGUAGAGACAAACCUACAGAGGAUAGUGGAUUCACAUUUGUUCAUUGUAACAUAACUGGUACUGGUGACAUUUACCUUGGUCGUGCAUGGAAAGAGAGUCCUAGGGUAAUCUUUGCUUAUACAUAUAUGGGCGCUCUUAUCAACAGUGAAGGAUGGUCCAAUCGCAUGUAUGGGGAAAGUGGUGAUCACAAAUCUAUGUUUUAUGGAGAGUAUAAGUGCAUGGGACCAGGAGCCAGUUCUUCUGGUAGAGCCAAAUUUGCUAGGAUACUCACAGAUGCAGAAGCUCAACCUUUUUUGAGCACGACUUACCUUGAUGGAAAUAAAUGGAUUCUCCCACCUCCCAAUGUGUGA